CUUUUGUGUUUUCUACCAAAAGAUUGAGCAUACUUCUCGCCGAACACCUUUUCUCUUGGUGUGAAUAAUCAACUGUGACCAUGAGUGAAGUUUCUCAGACCGGAGAAACCUCCAUGGAAACUACUGAGGAGGAUAAAGAAGAGCAGCAGCAGCAGCAUACAGAUCGAGGAAGGCGGAGAUUGGUGCUGCCAGAAGAUGGGUUUGAAUGGAAGAAAUAUGGCCAAAAGUUCAUCAAAAAUAUUGGAAAAUUCAGGGGCUACUUUAGAUGCCAGAAGCGAAACUGUAUGGCAAAGAAGAGAGCAGAAUGGUCCAGCCCAGAAAACCUUCGAAUAGUAUACGAGGGAUCACACAGCCAUGCCUCGUCUACACAAGAUUAUUCUUCUGCUUCCUCACAAGGGACUCCUCCUUCCUCAGCUGCAAACCAGUACAACCUGUACACUCAACUCUUUGGAAAUCAACCGGCUUCAAGCACGCACGAUCAAGAUCAUACUUGACUCAACUUGUUAAGUACUCCGUAGCUAGCUAGCUAGCCGCUACCAUCAUUUGAUUCCACUGCUCAUUGAUCGAUCAUGUAAUUAAGCGCUGUAAAUAUGCCAUAAUUCUUGACAACUUGCUGGGUUCUGGAAAACUUGAUAAAUAAAUAAGCCAGCCAGGAAGGAUCGAUGUU